AUGGCAGAACAAGAUGAUGCAUCCUUACGACGUGGCCGCUCCCCCUCAGACACGUCGAAUACCAAUGUAGCGCCGUUUUCUAAUUUGGAUGCCCCAAGCAAUGCAUCGACCACCGAAAAUGCCUCCCGAUCAACGUCAGCCAUGACCUCUCCCUUGAGCAUGGACUUUAAAAGUGCCGAACCCGAUGACCAGGCAAUUCCCAAGUUUCCUCCUCUUCACCAGACACCACUUACUACAGACUCGCAGAGGCAAUCGUCUAUGCCAGUUGGGGGACCUGACGAGGAUGAGUCGACGGCACGGCCUUUCCAACGAACUACGAGUCCGGGCUCCAACUUGAAAAGGAACAGGGGCGCUGUGUAUGAGAAGGUCGGCGACCAAGGAGUCUGCAAAAUGCACAAGUUCUCUUUGUACGAAACGGCGACUCGAUACUAUAUCGUUGGGGCAGAUGUGAUGGACCGACGUUUUCGGAUACUGAAGAUCGACAGGACUGUCGACGCCGGAACUUUGAGCGUUACCGAGGACGAAAUUGUGUAUACGAAGAAAGAAAUGAGCCAGCUGCUCAAUGCUGUUGAUGAUGGUAACAAGAGUACCGGCGGAUUGAGAUUGAAAUGCAGCACUUGGGGCUUGCUUGGAUUCAUAAGUUUCACAGGGGCGUACUACAUGCUUCUAAUAACCAAGAGAAGUCAAGUGGCUAUAAUCGGGGGCCAUUUCGUCUACUUAAUUGACGGUACCGAGCUGCUUCCGCUGACAACAAGCUCUGGCUCCCGUUUCAAACAAGAUACCAAGAACACUGAAGAGGCACGCUUUCUGGGGAUCCUCAACAAUCUUGAUCUGACUAGAUCAUUCUAUUUCAGCUACUCUUAUAAUAUUACACAGACCUUGCAGCACAACAUCAUAAGGGAAAGAGAUGCUGUGGCCAAAGGAUUACCAUACCCUCAUGUUCAAGACUAUAACUCAAUGUUUGUAUGGAACAGCCACUUGCUACAACCAGCUUGCGAUGCGCUGAAGAACCCGUUUGACUGGUGUCUACCCAUAAUACAUGGCUAUAUUGACCAGUCAGCGCUAUCCGUUUACGGACGGACUGCCUACGUGACCCUUAUUGCCCGGCGGUCCAGAUAUUUCGCUGGAGCGCGGUUUUUGAAGCGUGGAGCAAACGAUUUGGGCUACGUUGCCAAUGAUGUAGAGACGGAACAGAUUGUCUCGGAAGCUUUGACUACUUCGUUUCAUGCUCCCGGCCCAAAAUUGUUCGCAAAUCCAGGCUUUACAUCUUAUGUUCAACAUCGAGGAAGUAUCCCUCUAUACUGGACUCAAGAUAACACUGGAGUAACACCAAAGCCACCAAUUGAGCUGAAUCUAGUCGAUCCAUUCUAUGUAGCAGCGGCGUUGCAUUUUGACAACUUGUUCCAGAGAUAUGGUGCCCCAAUCUAUGUUCUCAAUUUGGUCAAGUCAAGAGAGCGUACCCCUAGAGAGAAGAAGCUCCUUGACGAGUACACGAAUGCUAUCAAGUACCUCAACCAAUUUCUACCGGCCGACAAGAAGAUCAUUCAUCACCACUGGGAUAUGAGUCGAGCGUCAAAGAGUCGAGACCAAGACGUGAUCGGCACUCUCGAAGGUAUUGCUGAAGAUGUGGUGACAACUACUGGGUUCUUUCACAACGGGGAUGGAAUCACAAGUAUGCCCAAAGUUCAGAAUGGAGUUGCAAGGACAAAUUGUAUCGACUGUUUGGACCGUACAAACGCUGCUCAAUUCGUUGUUGGGAAGAGAGCUCUUGGACACCAACUGCAUGCUCUUGGCAUUCUCAGAGAUACUUUGAUUGACUACGACACCGAUGCUGUUAAUCUCUUUACUCACAUGUAUCAUGACCACGGUGAUACUAUUGCCGUUCAAUACGGAGGCUCGCAGCUUGUCAAUACCAUGGAAACGUAUCGCAAAAUCAACCAGUGGACAAGUCAUUCGAGAGAUAUGGUUGAGAGUUUCAAGCGUUAUUACAACAACUCGUUCCUCGAUGGCCAACGGCAAGAAGCAUAUAACCUCUUUCUUGGCAAUUACAUUUUCGCAACAGGCCAGCCGAUGUUAUGGGACCUCGCUACUGACUACUACCUACAUCACGCGAACCCGCGAGCAUGGUCUAGCAAGAAUCGCCGAAGCUAUAUAGACUGGUAUACACCGAAGUUUCUCGAGAAGCGAACUCUGCCUAAGUACGUUGGACCGUGUGGAAUAGCAGCCGGCAGACCUUUAGGAUUCUUCGAUGAUUAUUGGCUUGAAUACUACAAACCUCUUGCACUUUCGUCGAUAGAGAAAGUAUUCGCCUACUUGGGCAAGAUGAACUCCACGCUGCGAUAUAUCCCAGUCCGAUCGACACAAGAAGGACGUUACGAUCUCUCCCCAUUCCGUGUCCGCACAGAACUAGACCAGGACGUUCCGGCGAAGAAGAAGCUCCGAAAGGAAGUAACAAUCGUAGAUCCCUCCGAGGAAUUCGAGGAAGAAGUAGUAGACGACAACGCAUCUAUUAUGUCCAACGCCACUGCACCUACAAAACGGAUCUCAAUCCAACGCUGGCUGCAACCCAUCCACGAAAAAAGUCACCACGGCAUCAUGAAAGAACCACACAACAUCCCCGAACCACCGAAGCAAAAGCUUACCCCUUUAGACAAGAGCAAGCAAGCACAAUGGACCUUUGAGCAAGUGGUCCACGAAUCUCUCAACCCCUCGGUGAACGAUGCUGAUGCCAGCGACUAUGCACGCUAUAUCUCCCAUCCUCAAAAUUUGCCCCUCGUCAUCUCCACCGAAAUUCCUACUCAGAUCAACACCGAGUACCUAAACUAUGUAAACGGCAGUUGGCACGAUAUCGGUAUCGUGGGUGUGGAAUUGGAAGCGCCGGAGGAGGUAUCGGGGAUUAAGAGGCAGGAUUUGGAUCUGUAUGGGAAUUUUUUCAAGAUGGCAGAGAAUCCGCUUACGGUCAAAGAAGAAGAUUUGCCGAAGAAGAGGUAUAAGGCGUAUAGGAAAUGGUUGAUGGGGAAGAGUUUAUUUAAGCAACAGCCUAUUGAUUGA